AUGCCAUUCCUGCUUUCCCAAGCUUCUCUUCUCCGCGAGCGCCUUCCAUUUGCGGUUGCAGACUUGGGACGCCUGCCGAGCUCUUGGCCGAACCAAGAACAUCUCCCCCAGGCCAGGUACACGACCGAUACUUCCCCGAGACUACCAUGGCUUUCCCCAAACAGCGCCGCCGGCCUUCUCGUUUCCCCCGGUCGCCCAGAGACAAACGAUGCACAACCCACAAAUAUGCGCCGUCUCACUCGCCAGCCGAGAAAUGCCAACCAUCGCCAACAGGUUGGCAAUUUUUGGCAGCUUCUAUCAACGCUUCACGACUGGUACCAAGCACCCGCCAAGUUGCAAUAUCGGUGUUGGCACCUUCGCCACGGCCAGAUAAGCCCCCAGUGCCAUCCUUUUGGACGCCUUCCACUGGCCUUUGCACCUGCCAAAGACACGGGCCCAAGAGACCAUUUCGGAUCGCUCCAAGAGCACAGACAGCACCAAAAUCUAGGUUGGGCCGACCAUCACACCACACAACCUCCCAAAAUCACUAUUACCUAUGGUUUGUGGGCCUCGUUUACAGGCUCGGGCCAGCAGCUCCUGUCAAAAAUCCAUGACGAACACUUCGCCUAUCUCUUAGCUUCAAUUCGACAUAUUCCAUCGGCCGUCUGGACCCUUCCGACCUUCUUGAAUCGAGAGGCUGAGGUGUCGUUGUCUCGGCACGCCAGCCACGUCGUCAGGGCCGUCCCAGGUAGCACCCGGCCUGCUGACUUACGCCCAUCGAACACGCCAUGCCACACCGUUCACACCACCUCUUUCACCUCCCCUUUCCGUACUGUCGAAUGGGAUUGCCGCUACUCACGAGCUGCGAUACUGCAGCAACAUCUCUUGAAUCUCCACGGCUUGCCUUGCAGCACCUUUGAGGCUUGCAGACUGAGUACAAACUAUGAUGAUCUACGAAAGGCUUCGCUCUUUCAGCAGACGAGUCGUAACCGAAGCAUCAGCUCCCAGUCGUCUACCAAGGCCGGGCGUUUUGCACUAAGCCAGCCUUCGGUCUUGCCUUCAACUUCGAGAAAUAUCACCGAGACAAGGGGCACACAGCAUCAUAGGGAACGGCCAAGCCUAGAACUACCCUGUCAAUUUCCCUCCCAUUGGGCGUCCAAGAGUGGUCCUUGUCCAUUCCACCACACCUUGUUCAGCGGGGACCAGACCUACUACACUUCGAACCAGUCUGAGCGUCUAGAGCAAGAUCUCAACGUCACCUUACCAAAUGUCCUAGAUUUCCCGCUACACGAGGACAAUUUCCUCUGGUUCAAGCCGCACUUUCACUCCCCGACCAGUGCCCACGCGGGCUUUCCGUGA